UUCGAGCCCACCCAGGGACGACAAGUAUUUAUUGUUUUUCCUCAUUACAUCGUGUUGAUAUAUUUUAAGAGCAAUCGUCAUCUAAACGCAAUAGAUCGUCCACGUUAAUAAAUGUCAGCACCUACGAUCGACUCACCAACCAGCCCUCCUCCAUCUGUGCAGAUGUGUGACAAACUGGAUGAGCUUGUUUUUCUACCUAACCACAGGACUGGGCUCAUCAAGUUCCUGUUUUGCCUAAUGGUCUCGACGACUCAAAGAUGCAGAUUUUUGUGAAAACGCUGACGGGUAAAACCAUCACCCUCGAGGUGGAGCCCAGUGACACUAUAGACAAUGUCAAAGCCAAAAUCCAAGACAAAGAAGGUAUCCCCCCUGAUCAGCAGCGUCUCAUCUUUGCUGGAAAACAGCUCGAGGAUGGCCGCACCUUGUCAGACUAUAACAUCCAGAAGGAGUCCACUCUCCACCUCGUCCUGCGUCUGAGAGGUGGCAUCAUUGAACCCUCCCUGAGACAGCUGGCUCAGAGGUACAACUGUGACAAGAUGGUCUGUCGCAAGUGCUACGCUCGUUUACAUCCACGUGCCGUCAACUGCCGCAAGAAGAAGUGUGGACACACCAGUAACCUCAGGCCCAAGAAGAAGCUGAAGUAGACAGCUGGGAUCGAAAAUCAAUACUGUCAAUAAAACAUUUUGACAAAUAA